GUUUAACUUAAUUACACUAUAUUAUCAGAAUAUUAUAAUGUUUUUAUUAUCGUGUAGUUUUAAUGUUUUAAUAGAGUCGUUCACUCGGAUGGGAUUCGACUAAAAUUAGGUAGUUCAGUGUUCGAGUAUUAUUCCGCCGGUUAACACGUGCAUGUGAKCGUGUGAUUUCGGAUCGUCACCGGUAAAAAUAAAAAUAAUCAUAAUAGAUAGAUAGUUGAUAAGAGUGUACGAUAAUUAAGCACGUUCGAUUGAUUACCCUCAAAGAUGUGAUGAAAAAAAAAAUUUAAAUAAUUUUAAAAACCAUCAUUCGAACGAGCAAUCGUGCGGAAAAGUGCGAACGACUUCUGUAAUAUUAUAUAUAGGCAAAUGCGAUCGGUAUAGCCCACCCGAGUUCAACAACGUCAUUGCCGCCGCCGUCUAUUUUAAUACCUUCCGUUGUAAUACAAUCAUAUUUCAAUAAUAAUUAGUAAUYACUUAGUGUGAAAUUGUAAGCUGCGACAUAAUGGAACCAACCGCAAAAAAAUUGAAAUCUCCAAAAUCCGUUUGGUUUAUCGUAUGUAAUGAACUGUGUGAAAGGUUCAACUACUAUGGACUUAGAACUAUCCUUGUGUUAUACCUGKCAUCGAUAUUAAAUUAUACCAACGAUGAGUCGACAAUGAUCUAUCAUAGCUUUAUAUUUUUAUCUUAUUUCAUGCCAUUGUUUGGUGCCAUAUUGGCCGAUUCAUACUGGGGAAAAUUUAAAACCAUGAUACGGCUGUCGAUAGUUUAUGCUGUGGGAAACGUCAUCCUCACUGGAGCUUCGAUGGCCAACAGUUUCACUCUCGAUAGUCAAAGAAUCAUUGCCAUCGUCGGUCUAAUAUGUAUUGCAGUGGGAACGGGUGGMAUAAAACCGUGUGCUUCCACGCUCGGUGGCGAUCAAUUCCAAUUGCCAGAGCAACAACAUCAACUUGGCCAGUUUUUCAGCAGAUUCAUAACUGCAAUUUAUGUUGGAUCGUUGAUAUCCACGUUUAUAGCACCCGAGCUACGGAAAAGCACACAGUGUUUUGGCAGGGACACGUGUUUUCCGCUGGCCUUUGGCGUUCUAUCACUGCUCAUGAUAUCGGCAAUAGUUAUUUUUAUUCUCGGAAGAAAAUUGUACGUGAAAAGGAAACCGGAGAAUCAUGUGAUCUUCAAGACUUUCGGGUGCAUAUUUUGCGGUGUACGAAAAAAAAUCUUUUCGUCGCCUUCCAUCGAAGCUCAUCAUUGGCUGGAUCUCGCAGGCAACAAAUACUCGAAAACCGAAGUAUCCGACACGAAAGCAGCGCUGGAAGUGCUGUACACAUUCAUCGCUUAUCCGGUGUUUUGGGCGCUCUACGAACAACAAGGUUCACGGUGGACGUUGCAAGCGACGUUGAUGGACGGCAAGUUGGACGGCAUCGGUUGGGAGAUCAAACCCGACCAGAUGCAAACCAUUCACCCACUGCUCGCACUCUUGUUGAUCCUGUCGUUCGACCGCGUCCUGUACCCGUUCCUGGCGAAAUUCGGCAUCCGACGGCCGUUGCAAAAGCUCAUAUUCAGCAACUCGAUGGCGGUGAUAGCCUUUCUGUUCGCCGCCAUUCUCCAGUAUAAAAUAUUCGGCAACAGUACUGCUAUACCUACUGCCGAAGGACAAUUCGUUGUAUAUAAUGGAUUCGAUUGUAACGUCCGUGUGUUAAAUUCGUCACUGCCAUUGGUAGAUAUCGAUCCAUUGGGCUCGGCCAAAUUCAAGUACACACCGCAUUCUGACGAUGGCAUCGUGAACAUAAGACUGAAAUUUAACGAAUCGUGUAAUUCGUACAUUAACUACGGCAACCUGGACACUAACGUGACCGUAUCUCGAGGACAGUCAAUCUCGUAUUUUCUAACGUCCAGCAGUGCAAAUAAAGAAGUAAAAUUACGACGUAUCAAUCAUUUCGACAAUUUCAUAAAGCCUAAAAAUGGCCAUCCGAGUUUAAGAAUCGUAAUCGACGACGAUAUCAAAAAUGACGGGUCCCUUGCACUCGUGACCGCCGGAAAAAAUCAUCUGUCAUAUAACGUAUCUACGUUUGCAAACGAACAUUUCAAACAGGUGGCUUUCGGAAACUAUAGUAUAGUUCACGAUGGACGACGUAUCUCCUCGAAUAUAAAUCUCAAGCCGGCGACGAUAUAUACUCUCAUCAUACGACGCAGGGACGGUGACAUCCACAGUCCGGAAUCGAAAUUGUACGCCACGGACGAGGGAAACUACUUGCACAUUUUAUGGCAGACACCGCAAUACGUGUGUAUGAUAGUCGCGGACGUGAUUUUUAUCGCCACGUCGAUUGAAUUUUCGUUUACCGAAGCGCCGCCCAGAAUUAAAUCGUUCAUAUCGGCCUGUUACUCGAUGACACAGGCAGUCGGCAAUCUAGUGGUCGUUGUUGUUUCGGCUUUGUCCUUUCGCAAACAAGUACAUGAAUAUCUAUUUUUCUCCGGACUUAUGCUGGCAGACACGUUUCUAUUAGCUUAUUUGAGUUAUAAUUACAAGUACAAAGCUUUCAGACAACAGCUAAGUGACGACAACGACAAAAACGACGACAAAACCAUAGUGACAAAUCAAAGUGAACUUCAACUCGAUGAGAAGUGAUCAUUAGAUGCUUCCUUCAAUACAUACUGUCUGAUUGCAUGUAAGGGUCAGUUUAAUCUAAUUACAAAUUGCAUUAUCGAUAACUUUGUAUCUAUUUAUUGUUGUAAUUGUUAUAUUUUUUAAAUGUAUAAUUUAUUUUCUAUUAUAGUUUAAUAAGAAUUUAAAUAAUAUAUUUUGUAUUGACUAAAGUUGUACAAAUUGUCAACAUAUAAAUAUUAAACAAACGUUGUUUUCUUAAAAUAUGUGAUGUAUUGAUUAAAUUGUGAAUUUAAUGUUAAUCCGAUCUCAUGGACCCUCUAUUAUAAUUGUAAUGUUUACCAAUUAAUAAUACUCUGGGUACUGGAAAAUAAUAAUUUAU